AUGUCACACACAGCAUGGCGGAGGGGCGUGGCCUCGCCCCUAGCGUGAGCGACGCGGGGGCGGGCUCGCGGCGAGUUUGGAAGCGAAGGCGGUGAUGGCCUGUUUGAACCCUUGGGAGCCGGUGCAGCCUACGGCCGCGGGGCUAGUGCUGUCCAAGUGCCUGGCAGCGGGUGUGGUGACCCAGGAGAUGCUGGAUGUAUCUGCUAAACAAGCCCCUUGCUUUGUGCACCUCACGGAGGUGGAGAAAAUUGCAGACAUCCGAGCUGAAAUAAACCAGAAGAGCCUGGAAGCUGAAAUCAUGGGACUGGAAAAGGAAACUGCAGAUAUUGCUCACCCAUACUUCCUGACUCAGAAAUGCCACGCUCUGCAAGUUAUGAAUAAGCACUUGGAAGCAGUGCUGAAAGAGAAAAGGACUCUCCGGCAGAGGUUAAUGAAACCCUUGUGUCAAGAGAAUUUUCCUAUUGAAGCCACAUUCCACAGGUAUGUAGCAGAGUUAUUGACGUUGGCAGUGGCCUUCAUUGAAAAACUGGAAAGCCACUUGCAGACCAUAAAGAGCAUCCCUCAGAUACCCCUGACCAUGAAAAACAUGGACAAUGCUCUGGCAAAAAUUAACUUGCUUGUGACAGAGACUGAAGAGCUGGCAGAGCAGAUACUGAGAUGGAGAGAACUGCAAAAAGGAAUCCAUUAUGACAACUCUGAGAUCACUAAUGAAUCAGAUUCUAGCUUCAGAAGCUUAGUUCCACCAUAAAACAUCUUAUUUGUGCCGAAGAAAAGAUGACCAGUGGAAAGUUCUGUUUUUUACCAGUCCUGUGUGAGAGUGGCAGUACACUUGUACCGUAGUCUAACUAGAGACUUUAUGGUUGGAUAUCUCCCUGUUCUAGAAGGGAUAUUUUAGUUGGCAACAAGUGAUGAUUAAAAUUGGACAAUGAUCUGUAAAUGACAGAACUUAUUGUUUAGGUGUAAUUCCUCUUUGGAGUGUCCUGAUAUGUUCACACAUACCUCUUUGAAGCAAACCUAAGGAACUGUCACACGUACACUUAAAGGUAGAAUGCAAAUGUCUGUUUCAGUAUGGAUAAAGCACAUGAUGUAAUGACUAAGCUUGUUUCUGCAAGUAUUUUGAGAUCAUAUGCUAUAUUUUCUUUAAGUAUAGUAAUUUUAAAAAAUAUAUAGUAGACUAUAAAAUGGGAGACUUAAGCUCUUGUAUACAAUUUUUAUUACAAAAUAGCCAAAACUACAGUAGCACAAUCUGGAGGAAUAGUUCAAUGCUCACUCAUUUUCAAAGCGGCUUCUGUCAAAUGCUUUGAAAAUGAAGGAAGGUACCUAUAAGUUCCAGCUUUCUCUUGAAGGAGACUGUUCCCAGUGCCUCCCACAAAAUACUCAAUUAAUCCAAAGCAAGUUCUUCUUUACUGAUUAUUUAAUUUGUCUACAUAAUAAAGUUCCAAGAAUUUCA